AUACAUAAACAUUACAACACAUACUCACACUGCAUUUCACUCUUACAAUGACAACCCGAAGUCAUUCCCACCAGCUCAGCUCCGGGUUAUACGUCUCGGGUCGACCCGAACCACCUCUAAAAGAGCGUCAGACUCAGCCCACACUGAGUUCUCGGGCCGUGCCUUACACUGGCGGCGACGUCAAGAACUCCGGCGAGCUCGGCAAAAUGUUCGAUAUCGAGUCGUGUGGGCCCCAUUUGGUGCCACCCGUUUUGAAGCCGAGCAGGCUGGCAUCUUUCUCUAGGCAAAAAUCCGGGUCAGACUUAUCCGGGUCGGGUCGUGACCCGGGUCCGAAAACCUCGGGGCAGAUGGUCCAGGUCCUGCCAACCGGGUUACUGACAUCCGGACCUCUCGGGUCGAACCCGGGUCGGAGGUCCGGAAAACUUGACCCGGGUCCGGCAGCCGGGGUGGCGGUGAAGGCGGUUUAUGGGGCCGCGGUGACCAGUUUGAGUGGGGAGGAGGGGGUGGGGUUCAAGGUAUCGAAAGCGGCAAUGUGGGUUUUUCUGGUGCUUGUGGUGAUGGGAUUGGUGGUGGGAGUGUUCUUGAUGGUUGCAUUGAAAAAGGCCUUGAUUCUUGUCGUUUUUGUCGCGAUUUUGGUAGUGUUAAUGAUGCUUGUUCUGUGGAAUUUGGCAAUGAAGAGGAGAGGAUUGGUUGGGUUCUUGAGGAGGUGUGCUGAUUCUGAACUUAGAGGGGCUACUGAUGGACAGUAUGUCAAAGUUACUGGGGUUGUGACCUGUGGCAGUGUUCCGCUUGAGACAUCUUUCCAGAAGAUAUCAAGAUGUGUAUAUGUUUCGACGGAAUUGUUGGAAUACAGAGGAUUGAGUGGAAAACCGGCUAAUUCUAAACACCGUUUCUUUUCUUGGGGAUGCAGAAGCGCUGAGAGACAUGUUGCCGAUUUUUACAUAUCGGACUUCCAAACUGGGUUAAGAGUUAUAGUCAAAGCAGGCCAUGGAGCGAAAGUUGCCCCGUUUGUCAGACCAACUACAGUGAUUGAUGUAACGAAAGCAAACAAAGACUUAUCUCCGAGCUUUUUGAGCUGGCUUGCUGAUCGCAACCUCUCAAGCGAUGAUCGUGUAAUGCGGCUCAAAGAAAGCUAUAUCAAAGAAGGGAGUACAGUCAGUGUGAUGGGAGUUGUUCGACGACAUGAUAAUGUCCUUAUGAUUGUCCCGCCAGCAGAACCUACUUCAACAGGUUGUCAGUGGACUCAUUGCCUUCUUCCAACCUGCAUUGAAGGCCUUGUUUUGAUGUGCGAUGAAAAUCAGAAUGCUGAUGUGAUACCUGUGUAGAAAUAUGGAUAAAACUUACAAGAGUGUAUCGCCUACGGACGAAGAGCUGAAGACACAAGUUGGACGGUUUCACUGGUUUGUGAUUCAAAAGAUUUCGAAGCUAGAAAGCAUAAACAUAUCAAUUCUGCUACUCUGUAUCUCUCUUUUGAAUCUCUGGCAGAGUAUAUGUACAUAACUUGUAAUCUGUAAAUUCAGCCAUAUACGUCCAGAUAGCAAUACUCCUGCCUGAUUUAGUCGAAAAGCUCAAAGUUCAAAAGACAAUGUACAUUAUGCUAUCCCCAGCUUUUGUAUAUCUGCAUCAUACAUCUAAAGAAAAGUUAUUACA